AACGAUGUUAUUCCGAUUGUGCAGAUUUCGAACAGUUUGUAUCAGGUUCUAGACCUAGCAAAAUAAGGUAAGAGCAAAACUUUUGGUUCAACUAUUACCUAUAGUGCGAUGGAAUCGUCGGAUAUUUGCCGUGUAUGUAUGGAUGAUGAUCGAGAAAAUUUUAAAUCAUUAUUUGAAGUGAUAGCAAAACUUGAUCUAACACCGGCAGAGAUGAUAGCGGAUGUUGCCGAAAUUCAGAUUCAAAAAGGUGACGGUUUACCUGAAGUGAUAUGCAGUGAAUGUCUUUUUGCUAUUAACGAUGCCUUCGUAAUACGCUUUAAGUGCCGCAAUACUGAUAGAAAGCUACGUAAAAUUUUGAAUUUAAGUUCAAAAAUUAAAACCGGUUUGGAGUUAUCCGAAAGUGUUGAGACAGAAAGGGAUACAUUCGAAAAUGCCCCGCCUGUGUCUAAUGUGGAAGCAAGGAAAGCAACAACAGACACAGCCCUCAACUUGGAGGAAAAUACCGAUAAACUUGAGAGCACUACAGCAGAAACGGUUUUGCAGGAGGAAGAUCGUUUAGAAAUCAUUUCUAUCCAACGAGUGUCAGCUUUGCGGAAAGAUAGUGUUUCUGAAGAUCUCACUGCUCCACUUAUAAUCAAACAGGAAGAUGCACAGCAUGAAUCUGCUUGCUCAGAUGAGGAGUAUCUUGUAGAAGAGUUGAAAGAUUCGCCUGAGAUUCUCGAACAUGUUGAUGAUGUGAAAACACCAAUAUUGUCUUCAGAGUGUGAAGCUUCAGGACAAGCUAUAAAGAGUCCGGAUGGAGCUGGCAGAGAAAACCCGCAAAUAGAGAUCAAUUUCUUAAAAUUAGAAGUUGAAACUUUAGACGAGGAGCAAUAUGAGGAUUAUGAAGCAAUUGAAGAGGAGUUAGAUUCGGACCCACAAUCACACGAGGUACAAUUUGAUGACACUAGUUGUUGCGGUUGUUCAAUGGACUUUAACACUAAGCAAGAGUUAGAAGAGCAUUCUAGGUUAGUUCAUUUACCAGAAAAAGAUGAUAACGCUUCGUUGAAAGAUUGUUACAGUUGUGACAUAUGCUUCAAAAAACACGUUUCUUCAAAGGCAUUAGAGUAUCACAAAACAAAAAGAUAUAACAAAACAAUGCGUACCUGUACUGUGUGUUGUCUGGUUCUACAGAGUGCACGCAAACGGAGACAGCAUGAGCAGUUGCAUAAAAAUGUUCCGGAGGACUAUGAAAUCAACUGUUGUGGUUGUGAUCAAGUAGUUCCAUUCAAGCAACUUGGCGCUCAUGUGGAGAACGUUCAUAAACAAUCUGAUAAAGUUCUACAGUCGAAAUUUGUAUGCGAAGUCUGCUAUUUAGACUGUGGAUACAAACAAAGAUUAGAAAAACAUCAAUCCCAAAGAGAUUUGCCUCCCCUGUUAAAGAAAACAUCGACGUUGCUUAGGUCUAAAAGAAAAUUUGUUGCCCAAACUACUAAUAUUGAUGGCAGACAACGGUUCAUAUGUGAUAUAUGUUCGAAACAUUUUUCAACAAAGGGCAACUUGAAAUCGCAUCGGUCAUUGCAUGUGACCAUUGAUAAACCCUUCAAAUGCACAAUAUGCAAAAGAGAAUUCUCAAAGAAAAGUAACUAUAAUGUGCAUAUGUUAAGAACACAUUCUACUGAAAGUCCAUUCAACUGUAAAUUAUGUGAUAAACGAUUCAAAUGUGACGUUAAUUUAAAAAACCAUAUGAAGGUUCACAGUAAACAACGGCCAUAUCUAUGUUCAUUUUGUCCCAAAAAUUUCGCACACCUCUCUGAUAAACGUAGGCAUGAAAUCGCUCACUCAGGUAACUAUCCGUUCCGAUGUAAACUGUGCAAUAAACCGUUCAUCAGAAGAACAGCACUCGAAAGGCAUAAAGAAUCCUGUGACAGACGUUUCGCGAAUCAAAGGCAAACUAGCCCGCCACAUCGGGGGAAUUGCGAAGAUCCCAGUGCAAAGUCAAGUACGCUGUGUUGUGAUCUUUGUGACGAGCUCUUUCCGUCCAUGGAAGAUUUGGCCAAGCAUCAUGCUGAGAAACAUAUUGAAACGCUGCAUGAGGGAUCCUACGAAGCUGAGGUGGAAAUCGAGUAAGUUGUGCCUGUAAGUAGCAUUUAAGCGGCUUGCCAAAUAAGUUUCGAAGUCACAGUACCUAGUGGGCUACUCUUUUGUAUCCGAAUUUUCCGUGAUUUAUAAUGUUUAUUGCAUUUGGAGGCUACGCGCUUUUCUGUUUAACCACCAUGCAGUGGGCUAUCUAUC